AUGGUUAGUCGAAGGGGCGGCCGAAAAAGUGGUGGCCACCUCAACUUGAAUGUCACCAAGCAAGGCUUCACCCCUAUCAACGGCCCCAAACGACCGUUGACACCCAUAUCCGCUGCCACAAACGCGAUUCCGGCCAAACGUGUCGCCGUGAACUCUGCCGCGACAGUGCCGGAGCUCAAUGGAGACAAAUAUCAUGCCGCCGCCGUGCUUGCCUCCUCCUCUACAGUGGAUGGUAUUCCCGCUGCGACUGCACACACGUACCAUCCGUCAGACUUGUUUCAAACCCAAACUCCGCUGUCGCCAUACGAGAUACCCGAGACACCACCUGCAUCCUUGGUUCCGAAUGUCCAGCCCAUGGAGCUGCCCUCGGAUGACUCCUGGAUGGACGAGUUUGUCGACCUGGAUGGCGGCGUCCAAGGGCUCGACGAUACUGUCAAGUUACUCGACGGCCAUCACGAUAGCGAGUCUCAGGAGCUGUCGAGCCAACACAUAGAGCAAGCUUUCAGUGAACUUGUAACCGCUCCAGCAGAAGACGUUUCUCCCCUCGAGGAUGACUACGGUCUUGACGAUUCUGACGAUGAGGACAUGAUUCAGCUGGUGGAGGCUCCAGGCGACACCUCUUCAAGACUUCCACCGUCGAGUGUCACGCAGAGAACGGACAAGGAUUCAAGAUCGACCAAAAGCUACGAUUCGCGGUUGCAGCAUUUUACGCCAGCGGAAAGUCAACAUGCAGACCUCAAGAACAUAUUCGAGGAGCCUGAUCUCCUGGACGAGGACGUCGACUGGGAUCUUGUGACAGCAUGUGCAACAAAGGCCACAACGACCCCUGCCGAAGCAAAGCACACCAGUGUUGUCAGUCCAAACCCCAGCGCGUCAUUGGGCAUGACUCCAAUCAUCAGGCCUCCUUUCCCCAAAAAGACGAGAGACCGAUCCGUCGUCGUUGGUUUAUCUACCACGAUCAUCUUGCGAACUUGCUUCAGGAUCGGGGAGUUGCUGAACUCCCGUACCAAAUGCGCACGAGACAAGCAGGACGUUGUUAUGGAACUAUUUGCGAGGAUCAGAAAUUCGAGCCGUGAGCGUACUUCCAAGACCCAGCAUUUUGAGUUCAAAGAUCUUUUCACCGAUCGUAAGCCAUUUCUCUAUGGGGCGUUCAAGGAAUGGAAAAGCGGUGGGCUCGUCGAUAGCCAGACUCAAGCGCUUGUGGGACGAGACUGGAAAGACAAGCUCUGCCGAUGCAUAUGCAAGCUGGUAGAGGACAAGAAGUCGCCGAUUGGGCGUUCGGCGCAGAUUCUAUCGAUCUCAGAGACUACCUGGGAUGACGUCCAUUUUGCUUUGCGCAUUGUCACCAGAGAUCCAGGAUCCGACGAUGGUACGCAGGAUGAGUCCACGUCUUUCGAAGGUUGA